AUGGGUGCGCCUGUUGAGAAGUCCGAAUAUGUGGGAGACGAAGGGGGCGUCCAGGAGAAGCGAGUGUCUGUGGAGGUCGUCCUCAAGCCUGAGGAAGAAGACUCGGAAGAUGAGGCUAUCACAGAUCUGUUUACAAGCUUUCCUAUUCCAAAAGGAGUCGAGCCUGAGCCUAACCCAUUGACUGUUCGAGCGGUCCUCACCGGAAUCGUUCUGGGCUCUCUCGUCAAUGCUUCCAAUGUAUAUUUGGGCCUCAAGACGGGAUUCACAUUUCCUGCCACCAUGUUUGGUGCCAUUUUUGGCUAUGGCUUCAUCAUUCUCUUAACCAAAGUUCUUCCUGGCGUUCCUGGUAUCGGAACUCGCUUCGGCCCUCAAGAGAACUCGAUUAUACAAGCCUCUGCAACAGGCGCCGGAGGCAUGGCUGGCCUUUUCGUUGCUGGCUUACCUGCAAUGUACCGCCUUAGCCUGUUGUCCGAGAACCCCAAAGACGAUUUCGGCCGCAUCCUCACCAUCACCCUUGUGUGCGCGUUCUUCGGCCUCUUCGCCGCCGUACCGCUUCGAAAGUUCUUCAUUAUAAACGUUGCGAGAGAAUUGAACUUGAUAUUCCCUACACCUACGGCGACUGCCAUUUGCAUUCGAUCUAUGCAUGCCGUUAGCGGUGGCGCCGCCGAUGCUGUACGCAAAGUCAAGGCACUGGGAUUCACCUUCCUGGGUGCCUUUACUCAUAUUGUGGUAUCCCAAUAUGCUGACGGCAUAUUGCACAAUUGGCAUAUAUUCACUUGGUUUUACAUCUGGAGCGGAUACAAGAACGGAGCACUCAACAUCGAGAACUGGGGCUGGUACAUUCAGCUGACGCCCGCUUUCUUUGGCUCCGGUAUCCUCGUUGGCCUCAAUGCUGCCGUCUCUUGGUGGCUAGGCACCGUUGUCGCCUGGGGUCUGAUUGGACCUCUGCUCGUUCAUUACGGUGUAUGCGUGGGCAAGCCCAUCGGAGAAGGAAAGUGGGAAGGCCUGGUAAACUUCAACAGCAUGAGCGGAAUCGGUACUCCCGGAUGGAUUCCUUCGCCUCGAUACUGGAUGUUAUGGCCCGGCGUCAUGGUACUAAUUGUGUACAGCUUGGUUGAGUUCCUCAUCCAUAUUCGUGUUAUCUAUGACGGCGUCAAGUAUGCUCUCCGCACCUUUGCUGGUUCAAUCAACGACGCAUUGCAAUCUCGAGGCAAGAACAACACUUUUCUGCAGAAGCAGGCAGCAAAGGCAAAUGAAGAAUCGACCCUUUUGGAAGAUUUUGCGCCUCCAGAGGACCAAGUGCCCAUCUGGGUCUGGCUGACCGGCUCCAUCACUUUUGUGGUUGUUGCAUGCAUUGUCUGCGAACUGCAAUUUCACAUGAAUGCAGGCUUGGCUAUCCUGGCCUGUAUUCUGGGUCUUGUAUUCGCAUUUCUCAGUAUCUAUGGAGGCGCCGUUACUGAUACCGCACCGCUUACUGCCUCUUCCAAGGCCUCGCAGCUUGUUUUUGGCGGCAUUACAAAGGGCCAUUACGCAGUUCAGGACGCUCAGCGAAUCAAUCUUAUUGCAGGCAACAUUGCUUCGGGCACUGCCGAUGUUGCCACCAACUUGGUAAGCGACUUUCGAGUUGGAUUUCUUCUCCGAACUCCUCCUAAGCUUCAGUUUUACGCUCAAGCUGCUGGAGCCUUGGUUUCCAUCUUUUUGGCCCCUGGUAUCUUUGUCCUGUUCAUGUCCGCGUAUCCCUGCAUCCGCGACCAAACAAUUGAGCACUGUCCCUUUUCAGCCCCAUCGGUUGUUGCCUGGCAGGCAGUCGCCGAGGCUGUGACUCUUCCAAAGCUUCCAAUUCCAUUGUCUUCAGGAAUCUUUGCCAUCGUUUGUGGUGUCGUCUGUGCCAUCCAGGCGCUGGUCAAGAACUUCUACCUGGUCGGUCCCAGGGAGAAGUAUCGCAGCUACUUACCGAACUGGAUGUCAAUCGGCGUCGCGUGGGUUUUGGGAAUUGACAGUGGAUAUGCCAAUGCCAUCUUGUUUGGCAGUAUCACCUCGUGGUGGUGGCGGAAAUAUUUCCCCAAAGGCUUCGAGACUUAUGCAUUCUCCGUUGCUGCCGGUCUUGUUGCAGGAGAGGGCUUGGGAGGCGUUGUUAAUGCUGCUUUGACGCUGGGAGGAGUCGAUGGUACGAAGAAGGGCAGCAUGAUUGCGCUACCUGGAGAGGACUGGUAA